CCAUCCAUCCAUCCAUCCAUCCAUCCAUCACACAUGUAUUAUACUUAAAGUACCAAUUAAAAGUAUAAUAUUUUAAAGCAGUUUCGUUGGACGUAAUUGUGAUUAACAAACUCAUUGAACCUUGUUAUGAAACAGCACCACCUGCUGGACAUGUCUAGUAUUGACCAGAACCUUCCUGAAGACUGUGGACCACCUCCUGUUAGAAUAUAAAGCUGAGACACUCCCACUGCUGGGAUAGAAAGCUAAACAGAAGAGAACCAAGAGCUGAACAAGGAUUAUUCUCACCAGAAGACUAAACUCAACAACCACAAUGUCUUCUCAUGCAGAGAGAUCUGCUCUCAGGCCGAUGAUGGACCUCUACUGGCCCGUUCGCAGUCUGUGGCCAGAGGUCAGACCUUUGUUCUACCCGCAAGAUGUCCUCCAGAGAACCCUACAGGAGCUGCGCAGCAGCCUGGAGCUGAUGGACAGAUUUCAACACCAGAUCCUGGAAGACACAGAGCCUUUCAGGAGCACACUGGUCCACAAACCAGUCUCCUACCAGCUGGACAAAGAGGGACAAGACUUUGGCCUGACACUGGACACUCAAGGCUUUUCUCCAGAGGAGCUUUCAGUCAAGCAGGUGGGCAGGAAGCUGAGAGUCCGUGGAAGGACAGAGAAGAAGCAAGAGGACGGGAAAGGCUCCUACUCUUACAGACUCCAGGAGUUCAGACAGGAGUUUGAUCUGCCUGAAGGGGUGAACCAUGAAGCUGUCAGCUGCUCCCUUUCUCCAGAUGGAAAGCUCCACAUCCAGGCAGCCAAAGUUCCAAGUGUUGAACAGGCUGAGAGAGAGCUGCCUAUCAAGAGGAGCUCGGAGGAGGAAACACAGCAGAGUGUGUGUUCACAGGCAGAAGGCAGCCGCCCAGAGACAUCCAGCAGGUCCUAAAGCUCCAGCCUGGAUCAUGGACCCAUGAACAUGUUGGUGAACCGAUGACACGUGGUUCUAUUCUUUGUUAAUUAUUAAUGUUUCUAUCACAUACCUGGUGAAUAUUGAUGAAUAAAUAAUCUGAACGACAUCUUUGCCAGUUUUUGUCUUUAUGUAAAGCUGGAACUCACUUCUGUACAGGAAAUAAAACAUUUUAAACAAAACUGACAUUCUUCUGUAGUGUAGAAUAGCUAAUGAUGGUUUAAAAAAUGAAAAUCCAUUUCAACAGAAGUUGUUUAGUAAAAGACUUCUGUAGAAAUGGUAAGUGGCCUGUUUUUGAAAUUGCACCUUCAAGGCUUUUACAACCCCCCAAGGCACCUUACAACACAAACAGUCAUUUACCCCAUAGGUAUUUACCCACACACACAUACACAUUCACACAAUGGUGGUGAUAAAGUACGAUGUAGCCACAGCUGCCCUGGGGAUCACUGAGAGGGGCAAGGCUGCUGAACACAAGUGCCACCAGUCUCUCCACCCACCAUCAGCAGGCAAGGCAGGUUAAGUGCCUUGCCCAAGGACACAACAACUUCAACAGAUGGGGCUUGAACCAGCAAUCCUCCAGUUACUGGAUGUGCACUUAGCUCUUCUGUCACCAUUGCAGAAGUUGAAGUAUUAUUUCCAGCCUCGAGUAAAAGUAAAAAAGUACUGGUUUCAAAACUAUUUAAAGUACAAAAGUAAAAGUAACAUAAAAAAAAUCAAAUAGGCCAAUAGAAACAAAAGCUUUAGCCAUUCCACAGUACUAGCAGUUACACUUUCAAUAAUCUUUAUUGGAAUGUAAAUAUGUAGAUCCAGCAGUUGCAAGAAUCUGUGAAGGCAACAGGCGAUAAAGCACCUUAGUUCAAUUAGUUUAAGCGAAGGUGGUUACGCUCACAAAAUCCAUGAUGACAGAUCUAUACUCCAGGUCAUUCCCCUCAGACACACAGCUGACAAUGGCCAGACUACACCUAUAACAUCACCAGCAGCUGUCACCUCCAGAAUUUACUGAUGACUCAGCCUUUGUCCGUUUUGUGUCUGAAGGGAAUGACCUGGAGUACAUGGACUUUGUUGAGUGGUGUGAGCGUAAUCACCGUUGUUUUAACACCAGUAAGACAAAGCAAAUUGUGAUUGACUUCCAGAGAAAUCCUACCCACCCACUGCAUUGCAGUGUGGAGACCAUGGACAGCACCUUCAGAGGCAGUCUGAGAUAUCCCAGAUGUAAAACAGAAAGCUGCCGUAAGUCAUUCAUCUCCUCUGCAGUGUGAGUGUAUAACUCCUCAGUUUAACUGGUACUGGCAUUAUCCUGGUACACAAUAACAUCAAUGCAAUAUUAAGUAUGUGUUCAAUACUUGUGCAAUACCAGAUUUACAUACAAUAGUAUAUCUGUUUCCUUUAUGCGGCAUAGUUCUGGAAACCCAAGUUUGCUUUUUUAUUUGUUGUUUUGGUGGUUGAAGUUUACAAUAAUAUCUUAUUGCCUUUGUGUGUUUACCUGUAAUCUUGCUAUUAUUUUUCAUCUUCCUUUUCUCUAAGUGGAUAUGCUGCUGUAUGAAGUGAAUUUCCCCACUGUGAGAUUAAUAAAGUCUGUUCUAUUCUAUUGGACUUGUGUUGUUUUCAUUGUACAGUAUACAUUAGUGAUGCCAAAAAGGAAUGAAUGUCCUGACUGAAAUGUGAUGUGGUUUAUAUCAGGUGUAGUGUGUGAUAGAUCACACAUAAACCAAUAGGGCUUCAGAAUGGUGGAUGUGUGAAAUUACAGUGGAAUGCCAACAUUUGGGCAGCCUUGUUAAUUUUCCUAAUUUUCCUAUAUAAAUCACUGGUAGUUAUGAUAAAAGAUUUCAGUUAAAUAUAUGAUAUAGGACCUGGAGGGGAAGAAUGUUGUGUGCAUCCUCAGCGGAGGGAAUAUUGGAAAAGAUGAGCUCGCAAACUUCCCUGAUUAAAAAUGAGCUUUUCUAUUCAGCAGUUUAAAAUUUUACUUUACUUUUGAUUUUCUGUAGAUUGACAUGAUUAAUUUAAUUGAGUUCAGUUUAUUUAUAUAGUGCAAAAUCAUGAGAAGCAUCAUCUCAAGGCACCUCCCUAAGUAAACAUUCCAAUUGAGUUUAGUUCACUAUGCCAAUUAGUUAAACGUUUCCUAUAUAAGGAGCCCAGCAGAGACUACAGCAAUCCCCAUAUUAAGCAAGCAUGUAGCGACAGU